AUUAUUUUGCCUGGUGGAGCUUCAGCGUUCCCUCUGAAAUCUGUGAUCGACUCUUCAAGUCUGCUGAUUUUAAAGAUGGCGCCGCUCGUAUCUUCCACACGUGAAUUGUUCGCUGAAGCAGUUCGGGCUGUUUUGGAAACGUGGCCGGUGCUGCAAAUCGCGGUGGAUAAUGGUUUCGGAGGCGCGCACAGUCAGCAGAAAGCGGAGUGGAUGGUGGAAGCGCUGCAGCAGUACUUCAUCGACAACGAUGAGCUGCAGCAGGAUGAAGUGGAGGACUUCAUCUCAGACCUGAUGAACAAUGAGUUUGACACGGUGGUGGAUGAUGGCAGCUUGCCGCAGGUGGCGCAGCAGGUGUGUGAGAUGUUCCAGCAGUGUCAGCAGGACAGACUGACGGAGGUCAGAGAGCAGAUCAAGCAGCUGAUUCAGAAGAAGAGCGCUGGGAGAGCAAAGGCCACACCUGCCAAAACACCUGCUGCUGAUGAUGAUGAUGAUGAGAGUGAAGAUGAAGAGGCUAUGGAGUGUGAUGGAGGGGCAGGCGGAGCUUCAGUCAACGGUGCAGCAGUGAAGGAGCAGCAUCUUCCUCCUCAGGCUGCGAGGCACGAGGAAGAGGAUGAUGGCUGGACGGUUGUACGCAGGAAAAAGUGACUGCACAUGAAGUAUUAAGACUGAUGAAUUUCUUAAUUUAAAAGACAUUUUAAGUGCUUCUCGAUCUCUCCAGCUCUGGAUACUUUUGCAUUUGCAACUGCAACAAAACCCACAGAGUGGUGCAUGUGACUGAUGUUAAAACAUGCACAGAUUACCUCACUGGACCUCUUUCAUGGGUUUCUUUCAUAAAUGCUUAGUUUGGAGUAUACAAAUAUUGCAUAUACAAAUGUAUAUACAUUUUUAUGGUCUGAUUCUCUCUUUGACUUCCUGUAACCCUUAUUUAUAACGUGUAGGUUAAUGCCUGCAGUGGUCCUUUAUCGCCCUCUUGUGUCACUACAGUAUCACAGCAACAGUAAAAUGCAGUGCUGGAUUUUGGAA